UGCUGGCUUUGCAUGCCGAGCGAUAUAAGCACAUAUGUUUGGAGAAAGACCGCCACGCGGACGUGGGUCUUAGUCGUCUUGUUCGCGGUUUUACCCGUUUGACCGUUAUUUUCACAUCUGCUGAAAGAGGGACACUUCAGCUGCGGACGCGGAAGAGACCUUGACAGUGAACGUCUACGUGCCAAGUGCUCCAGUUUUUAAUUGCAGCUUCUGAGACUUAAUCCAACAGUCCGGGAGUGAACGAGGAGAGGGGACCGUCGAGAAGCGAUCGUCAUCAUGCUCCGAGUGUACGUGCUGGCGAGUGUCAUUGCACUUGGGCAAUGCUUCACGUCUAAGCCAAUAUCGAGCCCGGUAUUACAUGGGGAAGGUCCACACUGGAACGCGGAAAAUCAGAUCCUUUAUUUCGUGGACAUUGCCGGAGGCACGAUUAAUCUCUAUGACCCGAAAACCGGGGCCCACAACAGUACAUUGAUAAACGGUGAACCCGUAACUUUCGUGAUCCCCGUGGAAGGAACCACGGACGAAUUUGUCAUUUCUACUGGAUUGGACGUCAGGGACGUGUUUUGGAAUGGCUCGAAUAAUUCGACCGCAAAUAGUUCCAUCAUUUAUUCGGCAUUGCAGAAGCCUGACGGGUCCAGGUUCAACGAUGCCAAGGUUGACAGAACCGGCAGACUUUGGGCUGGUACAAUGGGUCCAGAGCGAGUGCCCAAUGUGAUAACGGAAAGAACGGGCCAAUUGUACAGUGUCACCCCGAGUACUGGGAUAAUAUCGCACUUGAAAAAUCUGUUGAUUUCGAAUGGCCUGGCUUGGACCGAGGAUGGCAAAACCAUGUAUUACAUCGACUCUGGGGACAAAACUGUGGACAAGUUUGACUUCGAUGAAUCGGCCUGGGAGCCACUUAGUAAUAGAAGGACGGUUUUCAACUUCACGGAAAAAGGAGUCAACGGGGUUCCCGAUGGAAUGACCAUCGACACUAAUGGGAACUUGUGGGUUGCUUGCUACGGCGGGUACCAGGUGAUCGUUAUUGACCCAAAGAGCGGUACAUUAUUGAUGUCGGUUCCAAUUGGUGCCGAGCAAGUAAGUUCUGUUACUUGGGGUGGCCGCAACUUGGACGAGCUGUUCGUAACUACAGGACGAAGGGCUCUAACGAAUGAGCAAUUGAGGGCUUAUCCGGACAGUGGGUCCACGUUUCGAAUAACUGGCCUUAAUGUAAAGGGUUAUCCUGCCCACAGUUACAAGUACAUCUGAGCGAUGGAUGAAGUUGCCGAUCGUCCGCGUUUACAACGGGAACAGGAUGGUGGCCACUCCCUUAAUUUAAUUAAUUUAAUUAAUGCGUUAUUUAUGCUUGUAGUACUUAGACGCUUAAAUGCCUAUCUGGGUCUAUCUUGAAUUCGUACUUCGGUUGGGCGAAGUCCGAACAUUAUCACGCUGGGCACUGACCUGUGGACGAUGCAUGUUGGGCUCUUCGAAUUAGGAAGCCGCCGUGGUAGAAAACAAUGAAUGCCAUUAUUGUAUUUCAGCCGGUCCAUUCCGGUGCGCGUGCCAGCGGGUUCGCGCUGUAGGAAAGUGCAGGAGGGGGCCAAUUAUUUUAAUGACCUUUAACUCAGCUGGAUAAAGGCAGGAAGUGGGGAAAUCGCGAGCGAUCGGUUACGAGCCGGUCGAACCCACCGGGUAAAAUAUAUUUGGCACCGGAGAAUGGGUCCAUUGUGCGAAUGUCCGUUUUACCACCGCUCUCUGGUUCGUCGGAUCCUUUUUCUCCCUCCUGUCUGGGGAUUUACACGGGGCAGAAGAGACGCGCGAUUUAUAUCUGUAAUGGAGAAAGAUGUUUCAGCUCAAGUCGUCCUUGCGUGUAUAAAAUCGCGUUCCAGGGAACUCUUCCAUAUAUUUUCUUUUUUUUUACCCCGCGGCCGAUAUCGAUAAAGUGUCAAUUUAACCGCUCGGCCGUCGAGGAACUCGUUACUUCGUGACCGAUUCGGGCCAUGCUUUAAGAUUAAUUCCCGUUGUCGCUAUUAUCGACGCAGGGAGCCAGAAUUCCCCUGAAAUUACUUCCUGCGAAUUUAUCGCCGAUUUACGGAGAUUCACUCCGAUCGGGGGCAUGCGCUUCGCCGGUUUACUGCCGCUCGCGGAUUUAGCCGUUUGCUCGGUUCGAAACGGCAAGUAUCCUGCUUAAUUUACGAGCCGCAUACCGUCGACGUUACGCCAGUUCUUCCGUGUAACGAUCGCGGCUUAAAGAAGACGCAUGGCUCCUACAUUUCGCAGAUUUGUGCGUGCGCGCACGUGCGGCGACAGUAAUUAAAUGUCUACGAGUGCCUCGUAGAUCCCUCCACCCGCGGCGGACCGAAGGAAAAUUCGUUAAAGGGUCUCCUGAUCACCAUUAUUCAUAGACGUCAUCCCCGAAAGUGGAUUGCACUUUUCUGGGACGUCCAAGGGAACGCGUAUCGGUCGAGAGGCGCUUUCUUUUAACGCGAUACGGUUUACAUUACCAAUGGAGAUGGAGACAAUACUCGAGAGUGGUCGGCGCUCCAUUUUCGCGAAUCGAGGGAACGUUCGAAUUUUUCGCGACCUUUCGCUCGCCGGCCGUGGAAGUGGACCAUUUUCCGAACCGACCGCCGGCCUCGCCAGAACAUUGGGAGGGGGUGGAAAAAAAAAAAAAGAGAAGAAGUGGCAAAUGAAAAUUUCUCGUUACGCGUUUCGCCGGCCCGGCAGGGCAAUCGCGAAACAGCCGAUGCCGCUGGAUUUCCGUAAUCAAGGGCAUUACCCGAAACUCGAUUGGAUUUCAAUUCCAGGGGAAAUCAUUGACAUCGUUAAUGCGCCGAGGGAUGCGCGUAAUUUCAAUAGGUCGUUAUCGAAAUAAAUGAAAUGCCUCGGA